AUUCCAGCAGGAUUCAUUAAAUCGUGUCAUUUGUUUCAGUUAGUGUGUGCUUUCUUAAUAUUUUGAGUAAAAUUUUCUCGUGAAAAAGUUAUGAAAAACAAUAUUUGGGAUACGCUGCAGGAGGUUGAAGAAGUUAAGGUUUCCUUUAAGCAAACCUUGCGAAACAUCAAUAAUAUCCAAAAUCGAUACAAUAUGGUUUCGGCUUUAAAGAGGAAGGCGGCCAAGCGUAAGGAAUCUUUCGAAGAGGAGAUUCAAGCUGCUAUUACUGAAACCAAAGUCCCUAGUCUGCCUAAGAAAAGUAUAGUCAAGAAGAAUAAGAUCAGAUUGGUGACCAAAAAACGGGUCAAGAAGAUCAAGAAGAAUACCUUGGCCAUCCCACAGACCAUUAGGUUUUCUGAAAAUGUCCUGGAAAUCCAACCACCUUUUGUGUGCCUUCAAACAAAUUGUGUCUACGAAGUGCAUAGAACAACUACUCAUCUGGUGACUCGAAAACCAUACGGGGCUCUCAUUCAGAGACUCUAUCGAUCAGCAAAUCGAAAGGUUCGGAAGGAGGGAGUUUUUGAUCACGAUAUGGAGUACAAUCCGGAGGUGUGUCCAGAGUUCGAAAACUACUACUGUUCCUGUUCCUCUUGCUGUGUGGAAUGCAGAUAAAUUAUUUGUUUCAGCUAUUGUCUUGCAUAUUUUUAGGCUUUCACAAAGCUUUUAAGCUUGUAACCAAAUUUUGUACGAGCAUUUAAAUUGCUGAUAAUAAAUUAAAGAUGUUGAAAUUUCAAGGGAAAAAUAA